ACACCGGUCCUGUGGCUUCUCCCCGCCAUGGCCCUCCAGGCUUGCACCCUGGCACUGCUGGCAAUGUCCAUGGCAACUGCCAUUGCCAUCAAGGUGGUGCCCCUGGACAUGGCCAGGGACUCCUUCGAUGACCAGUACCGGGGCUGUGCCCCUGCCAUGAUGGCAGCUCUGCCCUCCCUCUACGGCAUCGAAUACCAGAAGAACCCCAACUUUGCCCGGGGUUGGGUGAAGGCCCAGGCUGAGUGGCGCAAGCGGGGCUCCCAUGUGUCCCCUCUGGCGUCCCCAGCCCAGGCCGUUGCUGUCAUGGCCUACACAAUGAAGUACUUCUACAGGGAGUUCAAUGCGGCCGUGCGCGCAGCCGGGCGCUCCCGCCAGGAAUACCGGAACAACUUCCACUUCAAAAUGAUGCACUUCCUUCUGACCCAGGCACUGGUGAAGCUGAGGCACGCUCAGAACAAGCAGUGUCACCGCGUGUUCCGGGGUGUGCGUGAUGUUCAUUUCCAGGCACGGCGUGGCCAGAGGGUCCGGUUUGGUCAAUUCACAUCGACGUCGCUGAGCAAAAAAGUUGUCCAGCAUUACGGGACAGACACCGUAUUUGAGGUUCACACGUGCCACGGUGUGGACAUCCAGGCUUUUUCCUACGAUCCUAAUAACCGUGAGGUGCUGAUCCCACCCUUUGAGACCUUCAAGGUCACCAAAGUCACUCAGAAUGGGAAGAAGAGGAGGAUCAGCCUCCGCUCCACAGGGACCUUCAGCAAAUACAACUGCGCAUGGCUGUGA